GAGAGAGAGAGAGGGUGUGUUUUAGAGGGAGAACAUGGCGGACGAAGGCAUCAUCGGCUGGGAAGAAAUCAAGAACGAGAGCGUCGAUCUUGAGAAAAUACCGAUUGCGGAAGUUUUUGAAAAGUUGAAGUGUACAAAAGAUGGAUUGACAAGCGAGGGAGGGGAGCAGAGGCUUCGGGAUUUUGGCCCAAACAAGUUAGAGGAAAAAAAGGAAAACAAGUUUCUCAAAUUCUUGUGUUUUAUGUGGAAUCCUUUGUCAUGGGUUAUGGAGGUUGCUGCCAUCGUGGCCAUUGGUGCAACAAAUAUUGGGGGUAAACCUCCAGAUUGGCAAGAUUUUGUUGGUAUAAUAGUAUUGCUUUUCAUCAACUCCACGAUAAGCUUUGUAGAGGAAAACAAUGCAGGAAAUGCUGCAGCUGCACUAAUGGCGGGUCUUGCUCCCAAAACAAAGGUUUUGAGAGAUGGAAGAUGGAGUGAGGAGGAUGCAGCAAUCCUGGUACCUGGGGAUGUGAUCAGCAUCAAAUUAGGAGACAUCAUUCCAGCAGAUGCCCGUCUCCUGGAGGGAGACCCCCUUAAGAUUGACCAAUCUGCCCUUACUGGUGAAUCCUUGCCUGUAACAAAAAACCCAGGUGACGGAGUAUACUCAGGGUCAACAUGCAAGCAGGGUGAAAUUGAGGCUGUCGUGUUUGCCACUGGUGUCCGCACCUUCUUUGGUAAAGCUGCUCACCUUGUGGACAGCACCAAUCAAGUAGGCCAUUUCCAAAAGGUACUACACUCAAUUGGCAACUUCUGUAUAUGUUCCAUCGCGGUGGGAAUGAUUAUAGAGAUGGUGGUCAUGUACGCAUGUCAGCACCGCAAAUACAGGGAUGGUAUUGAUAAUCUGUUGGUUCUUCUAAUUGGAGGUAUUCCUAUUGCCAUGCCAACGGUGUUGUCAGUGACAAUGGCUAUUGGAUCCCACAAGCUGUCACAGCAAGGUGCUAUCACCAAGAGGAUGACAGCUAUUGAGGAGAUGGCUGGCAUGGACGUGCUUUGUAGUGACAAGACCGGAACUCUCACCCUCAACAAGCUCACGGUAGACAAGACACUAAUUGAGGUAUUUGCGAAAGAUGUGGACCAAGAAACUGUAAUUCUGUUCGGUGCCAGGGCUUCUAGGGUGGAGAAUCAGGAUGCUAUUGACGCUUGUAUUGUUGGAAUGCUGGCUGACCCCAAGGAGGCCAGAGCAGGAAUCACUGAGGUGCAUUUCCUGCCUUUUAACCCAGUGGACAAGCGCACAGCCAUAACAUACAUCGACUCUACUGGUGAUUGGUUCCGAGUUAGCAAAGGUGCACCUGAGCAGAUCAUCGGGCUUUGCAACCUUAGGGAAGAUGUGAAAAGGAAAAUUCAUGCAAUCAUUGAUAAGUUUGCUGAACGGGGUCUACGUUCUCUUGCUGUUGCUCAACAAACAGUGCCGGAAAAGAACAAGGGGAGUGCAGGAGGGAAAUGGGUAUUUGUGGGUCUCUUGCCUCUUUUUGACCCUCCAAGACAUGACAGUGCAGAGACCAUCCGCCGUGCUCUUAACCUUGGUGUCAAUGUAAAGAUGAUCACUGGUGACCAGCUAGCCAUUGGCAAGGAAACUGGUCGCAGGCUUGGCAUGGGAACCAACAUGUAUCCCUCUUCCUCCCUCCUUGGCCAGCACAAAGAUGAAGCUUUCGCCAACCUCCCUGUUGAAGAGCUCAUUGAGAAGGCUGAUGGUUUUGCUGGCGUCUUCCCUGAACACAAGUAUGAAAUUGUGAAGAAGCUACAAGAGAUGAAGCACAUCUGUGGGAUGACAGGAGAUGGUGUGAAUGAUGCUCCAGCUUUAAAGAAGGCAGACAUUGGUAUUGCAGUGGCUGAUGCAACUGACGCAGCCCGGAGUGCAUCUGACAUAGUCUUAACGGAGCCAGGAUUAAGUGUGAUUGUGAGUGCUGUCUUGACAAGCAGAGCCAUUUUUCAGAGGAUGAAGAAUUACACUAUCUAUGCCGUUUCCAUCACAAUCCGUAUUGUUCUAGGUUUCAUGCUCAUUGCACUUAUCUGGAAAUUUGAUUUCUCACCUUUCAUGGUUUUGAUUAUCGCCAUUCUCAAUGAUGGAACCAUCAUGACCAUCUCUAAAGACAAGGUGAAGCCAUCACCCUCGCCUGACUCAUGGAAGCUAAGGGAGAUUUUUGCCACCGGCAUUGUUCUCGGCACUUACCUAGCUGUCAUGACUGUUAUUUUCUUCUGGGCAACUUGCGAGUCUGACUUCUUCACAGACACCUUUGGUGUAAGGUCAAUCAGGUACAACCCCAAUGAGCUUACAGCAGCUCUCUACCUCCAAGUGAGCAUUGUAAGUCAGGCACUUAUCUUUGUUACUCGCUCAAGGAGCUGUUCUUUCAUGGAACGUCCUGGGCUUCUGCUUGUGGCUGCCUUUAUAGUGGCACAACUGGUGGCUACAUUAAUCGCUGUGUAUGCAAAUUGGGGAUUUGCUAGAAUCCAUGGCAUUGGCUGGGGAUGGGCCGGUGUAAUUUGGGUGUAUAGUGUUAUCUUCUACCUCCCUCUAGAUAUUCUUAAGAUUCUUACCCGAUAUAUCUUGAGUGGCAAAGCCUGGGAUAAUUUGCUUCAGAAUAAGACUGCUUUCACAACCAAAAAAGAUUACGGUAAGGGAGAGAGGGAGGCACAAUGGGCUUUGGAUCAACGUACGCAGCAUGGCCUCCGUCCUCCAGCAACAUCGGAACUCUUCAACGAGAAGAACAACUACUACCGGGAGUUGUCUGAAAUUGCUGAAAGUGCCAAGAGACGUGCUGAAGUUGCAAGGCUAAGGGAGAGCCUUACGCUCAAGGGGCAUGUUGAAUCAGUGGUGAGGCUGAAGGGACUUGACAUCGAGACCAUUCCACAACACUACACGGUUUAAGAGAGAGCCAGAGGAUGAUGACAUAGCUGACAUUUGACAGAAAGAAUUUUGCAAGCGAAUAUAUAACAACUAGGGAGCAAUUUAUUUGUUUUUCAUUUUCGGUUUUGAAUGAUGAUAAAGGACUGCCAUUAAUCCAACCUACAGAUUCGUUGUGUACGAUCUGAGGUUGGAAAUAUUUGUCAAAUAUUUUAACAAUCUUCUCCAAUAUGUUAGUUACCUAUAUUUGCUGACCCCAUUAACUAGAUUCUUGCUUUUGAGUAAAUAUAGAAUUUCUUUGUUUUUUUAUGUGCUCCAUAUGAUUGGCAAAUUUACAUUGAUUUUUUUUUUUUUAGACUUAAAUUCUAUUGAACCUUGGCUCAUAUUGUUUUUGAAUUUUUUUUUUUUUUUUAUUUCAGGUAAAAUAUUCUUUUAUUUUUACUUUGUCCGUGUUUGGUAAAAAUCUAUGUCGAGAUUGAGGUCGAGUCCAUCGGGACAUGUAAAAUAACUUGCCGAAAAUUUAUCGAUAAAUUAUUUUUCUUAGGACAAACAAAUACCAGAAAAAAAAAAUAUUUUAUUUCCAAACAAAAUAGGUCCUUCGUUCACUUGAAAACAAGAUUCACAUAAGCGGAAUGUUAUGAAAAAAGGAUCGAAUAGG